CUUUUCCUUCCUCCACCUCGCGCGGCGGGCGCGGAAGUGACGUCACGCGCGGGCGCGACGGCGUCACCAUCAUGGUGCGCAGAGGGGCCUGCCGCGUCCCGGAGCGGUGGACAGCCUACACCCCGCUGGGCCGCAGGAUGCCGGGCACGCGCUUCGUGGCCUUCAAGGUGCCCCUCAAGAAGUGCUUUGAGCAGCACCUUCUGCCAAGGCAGAGGUUCUCCCCUCACGAUCUGCUCAGGAAGGUGCAGGAGAGGCAGGAGGAGCUGGGGCUGAUCAUCGACCUCACCUGCACCACGCGCUACUACGGCCCCGAGGAGCUGCCCCCCACGCUGUGCUACUCCAAGAUCCUGACCAUGGGCCACGAGAUCCCCAGCACAAAAACCUUCCAGAGGUUCAGUUACCUGGUGAGAAACUUCCUGGUGGCCAACAGAGACAACGAUAAACUCAUCGGGGUGCACUGCACACAUGGCCUGAACAGGACUGGCUACCUGGUCUGCAGGUACCUGAUUGAUGUUGAAGGCAUGGAGCCAAAUGCUGCCAUAGAGUUGUUCAACACAGCCCGAGGGCACCGCAUGGAGAGAAGGAACUACAUCCAGGACCUGCAGAGGAGGGCCCCGGGGAACACCAGCAGUGCCAGGCAGAGGCAGGGACAGCAGAAACAGCUGGAAAUAGAACAUCUGGAGCAGAGGAAGCACAAAAAGCUGGAGCAGCAGGAGCAGAGGAAGCAGCAAAAGCAGAAUGCUCUGGAGACAGAACAUGUGGAGGACAGGAAGCAGAAGCAGCAGAGGCAGCAGAACCAUCUGGAGCUGGAGCAGCUGGAGCAGGGAAAGCAGAAAAAGCAGGAGCAGAAUGAUCUGGAGAUGGAGCAGCAGGAGCAGAGGAAAGAGAAGAAAAAGAAACACCUGGAGCAGGAAAAGCAGAACUGGUCUGGAGCAGAAUCAUGUGGAGGUAGAGCAGCACGAGCAGGGGAAGCAGGAAAAGCUGGGGCAGAGGAAAAAGAAAAAGCUGGAGCAGCAGGAAGAGAGUCAUUUGGAAAUAGAGCAGCUGGAGCAGAAAAAACAGAAGAAACAGAAACAUCUGGAGCAGAAUCAGCAGAAUUACCUGGAGCAGAAUCAUCUGGAGCAUCAGGAGCAGAGGAAGCAGAAAAGGCAGAAACAUCUGGAGCAGGAAAAGCAGAAUUGCCUGGAGCAGAAUCCUCUGGAAAUAGAGCAGCACGAGCAGGGGGAAAAGAAAAAGCUGGAACAUCAGGAACAGAAUCAUCUGGAGGUAGAGCAUCAGGAGCAGAGGAAACACAAGAAACAGAAACAUCUGGAGCAGAAGAAGCAGAAAAAGCUGAAACCUCUGGAGCAGAAUCAUCUGGAGACAGAGCAGCUGGAGCAGAGGAAGCAGGAAAAUCUGGAACAUCAGGAGCAGAGGAAACAGAAGAAAAAGAAACACCUGGAGCAGGAAAAGCAGAACUGUCUGGAGCAGAAUCAUGUGGAAACAGAGCAGCAGGAGCAAAGGAAACACAAGAAACAGAAACAUCAGGAACGGAAUCAUCUGAAAAUGGAGCAUCAGGAGCAGGGGAAAAAGAAAAAGCUGGAACAUCAGGAACAGAAUUGUCUGGAGAUGGAGAAGCAGGAGCAGAGAAAACAGAAGAAACAGAAAAAUCUGGAACAGAAUCAUCUGGAACAUCAGGAACAGAGGAAGCAGAAAAAGCAGAAACAUCUGGAGCAGGAAAAGCAGAAUCAUCUGGAACAGAAUCAUGUGGAAACACAGCAGCUGGAGCAGGGGAAACAGAAAAAGCUGGAACAUCAGGAACAGAAUCAUGUGGAGCAGGGAAAACAGAAGAAACAGAAAAAUCUGGAGCAGGAAAAGCAGAAUUACCUGGAGAUGGAACAUCAGGAGCAGAGGAAGCAGAAAAAGCAGAAGCACCAGGAGCAGGAAAAGCAGAAUCAUGUGGAGAUAGAGCAGCAGGAGCAGGGGAAAAAGAAAAAGCUGGAACAUCAAGAAAAGAAUCAUGUGGAGAUGGAGCAUGAGGAGCAGAGGAAGCAGAAGAAACAGAAAUGUCUGGAGCAGAAUCAUCUGGAACAUCAGGAACAGAGGAAGCAGAAAAAGCAGAAACAUCUGGAGCAGGAAAAGCAGAAUCAUCUGGAGCAGAAUCAUCUGGAAAUAGAGCAGCACGAGCAGGGGAAGAAAAAGAAACAGAAACAUCAGGAGCAGAAUCAUCUGGAACUGGAACAUCAGGAGCAGAGGAAGCAGAACCACCUGGCGCUGCCCCCCAGGAG